AUCCCAAAGUAGUUUGCGUACUUUUCUUUUUCUCUUUGUAUGUAGUGUCUCUCUCCCUCCCACACAAACGUCAGUGUAAGAGCGUUUACCCAGGAUAUAAAACAGAAGGAGAGCUUGCUUCCUGGAUAGCUCUACUAGAAAAUUAUACAAAAGAAAUAAAAUAAAACUCUUUUGAUCUCUCUCGUGCUGAAUUGAUUGUGUAAAUUUGGUAUAUAGUAUGGGGAGAGGCAGGAUUCAGCUGAAGAGAAUUGAAAACAAGAUCAAUAGACAGGUGACUUUUUCAAAGAGAAGGUCUGGUUUGUUGAAGAAAGCCCAUGAGAUCUCUGUGCUCUGUGAUGCUGAGGUUGCUUUGAUUGUCUUCUCCACAAAAGGGAAGCUCUUUGAAUACGCUACUGAUUCCUGCAUGGAGAGGAUCCUUGAACGUUAUGAAAGAUAUUCAUAUGCUGAGAGACAACUUCUUGCAAAUGAUGAUCCCGAAAACCAUUGUUUCCAGGGUAGCUGGACUUUGGAAUAUGCGAAGCUCAAAGCUCGGGUAGAUGUUCUACAAAGAAACCAAAGGCAUUUCAUGGGAGAAGAUCUUGAUUCCUUGAACAUCAAAGAGCUUCAAAACUUGGAGCAUCAGAUUGAUUCAGCACUUAAGCACGUGAGAUCAAGAAAGAAUCAGUUGAUGUAUGAAUCCAUUUCAGAGCUACAAAAGAAGGACAAGGCGCUCCAGGAGCAAAACAACAUGCUUGCAAAGAAGGUCAAGGAAAAGGAGAAGGCAAUAAUAGCUCAACAAGCAUCAUGGGAGCAGCAAAAUCCUGACCUGGAUUCGCCUACAAUUCUUCGGCCACAACCAAUGCAGCCCUUAAACAUAAGUAGCAGCCACCUGGCAACGGGAAUUGAGGAAGAACCCGCUCCAAUCCAACAUCGAGCCAACGCACUGUUGCCUGCUUGGAUGCUUCGCUACCUCAACGAAUAAAAGAAUCAAAUCAACUCCUUGUUGCGCUGUUUUGUAUACACCAAGACGUGGGGGUAUGGAAAUGUAAAUCAUUUUCAGUCUGAUGAAGUGAAAAUGUUGGAUCGGUUGCUUGAUACUUGGGAAUUAUCUAGCAGUUCCAUGAUAGUAAUGUAUCUCUAUGUAUCUAUAAUUGUAAUGUAUCACUAAAUUGCUUGUGUAAUAAAAUCCAUAAAUAGAAAGACUAACUGCAAUGUACCAUGGACGUAAGAAAGUGAACCAUUCUUUA